AGUUGCCCAUGCGCAGUGAACUUCUUCUCGGCUCGCGCGCUUCAACAUCGUCGGAUCAUGUCAAGCGGUUCCGCGGAUUAUAACAGCUCCAGAGAUCAUGGAGGUCCUGAAGGGAUGGAGCCUGAUGGAAUCAUCGAGAGCAACUGGAACGAGAUUACAGACAACUUCGAUGACAUGAACUUGAGAGAAGCCCUUUUACGGGGGAUUUAUGCCUAUGGGUUUGAGAAACCCUCAGCCAUCCAGCAGCGAGCAAUCAUUCCAUGCAUUAAAGGUCAUGAUGUCAUUGCUCAGGCCCAGUCUGGUACUGGGAAGACGGCUACGUUUGCCAUUUCCAUCCUGCAGCAGCUGGACAUUGAGCAGAAAGAGACACAGGCUCUGGUUCUGGCUCCGACCCGAGAGCUGGCCCAACAGAUUCAGAAAGUAAUUUUGGCUCUUGGUGACUACAUGGGCGCCACCUGUCACGCUUGCAUCGGGGGCACAAACGUCCGUAAUGAGAUGCAGAAACUGCAGGCGGAGGCGUAUCACAUAGUAGUGGGGACUCCAGGUCGUGUGUUCGACAUGCUGAACAGGAAGUAUCUGUCGCCAAAGUGGAUUAAAAUGUUUGUCCUGGAUGAAGCUGAUGAAAUGUUGAGUCGAGGGUUCAAGGAUCAGAUUUAUGAAAUCUUUCAAAAAUUAAGUACCAACAUUCAGGUGGUUCUCCUCUCAGCAACGAUGCCCGCUGAUGUGUUAGAAGUGACCAAAAAGUUCAUGCGUGACCCGAUUCGUAUCCUGGUGAAGAAAGAAGAGCUGACACUGGAGGGAAUCAAGCAGUUCUACAUUAAUGUGGAGCGAGAGGAGUGGAAGUUGGACACACUCUGUGACCUCUAUGAGACUCUGACAAUCACUCAGGCGGUGAUCUUCCUCAACACCAGGAGAAAAGUGGACUGGCUCACCGAGAAAAUGCAUGCUCGAGACUUCACCGUUUCUGCCUUGCAUGGAGACAUGGACCAGAAGGAGCGAGAUGUGAUCAUGAGAGAGUUCAGAUCCGGAUCCAGUCGAGUUUUGAUCACCACUGAUUUACUGGCCCGUGGCAUUGACGUGCAGCAGGUGUCGCUAGUCAUCAACUACGACCUGCCCACUAACCGUGAAAACUACAUCCACAGAAUUGGACGUGGUGGCCGUUUUGGCAGGAAAGGUGUAGCUAUAAACUUUGUGACGGAGGAGGACAAGAGGAUACUUCGUGAUAUUGAGACUUUUUACAACACCACUGUUGAAGAAAUGCCCUUGAAUGUGGCUGAUCUGAUUUAAUCUGCUGGCUGGUUGUCUUUGAACGGCGUGCUCGCUGUCACUUUAAAUAAACAUUGUGCAUUGUGCUUGUUUUAUAUCAAACAAUUCUAUUGAAUCUUGUGGUUUCGAUGCCAACAGUGGAUCAGAAACUCUGGGUUUUGUGAUUUGAAGCAGCUUUGUUCGUGAGCUCUCAUGUGGAGGAUUGUAGUGAAGGCAGCCCUGUUUAUUUUAACUGCUGAGGUGAGACACUAUUCAGACAUGAAAACUAUAAAAUUAUUGUUCUGUAAGUUAGUUUUUCUAGACCAAUAAAGGUGUGUUUGUUAGGUGUUCUCUAUCGUUUGAUAGUUUACUUGUGGACUAAGAGAUAUAAGGGCUGUAUCAAAUCUGCCAAUUAUUUUAAAUUUGCUUCUAUUUAAUUAUUAUAGAUCAUGAUUAAGAUUAAAUGCUUCUCUUACUGUCA